CCGUCCGCCACACGACAAAACAUCUAAAGGAAAAUCGUGGAAAAAAAUACAUAAGUAAAACUUCAGUGAAAUUCAGUGCUUUCAUCUUACGUCAAUUUUCCAAACAUAAUAAAGUUCACUAGUUCAAGGUCGAAAGUCAUCGACCUUUUAGGCGAAACGUUCUACCUCAUAGUAUUAGUCGAAGCAAUACUUGUUAUUUGUGUUGAGCCGCGAAUCUUAUUUUUAAUUAUUACGUGUAGUAGGCAAGGUCGUUUUUCGUGCACAAAUGUUGGAUCUUUACCAUUGCAAACGCGCGCGUGCUCCGAGGCAGUUCACAACAAAGGAGAUUGCGCUAAUCGCUUCACCCGGCGAAGUCAUCUCUGAUUAGUUAUAAAGAUAAGCAGCGAUGGCAUCCAAAGUGCUAGUGCCGGCUGCUCCUUUUGCCAAAUUGCAGGUGAAAAAAUCACCCCCAGAAUCGAAUGGCACUGGAUUCAUUAUCAGCGGCGGGGAUGCUGCAGCCAGGGUGGCGCACUUGGAACACAGCGUGCGUUUCCUGCAAGAGCAGCAUCGGCUUAUGCUUAGUGGCCUUCAUGCUGAAAUUGAAGCACUGAGAGAAAGAAACAGAGAUUUGCAGUUUCAGCUAAUAUUCAAUAAGGAAGGGUCUCCUAAAAUAGCUGCCACUACACCGGCUUCUGAAGAUGCUGGUGAAAGCAACGAGAAAGAGGCUAACCUUAAACGCGAAGUUAGCCGCUUGGAGCGCGAAGCCGCCGCCGCCCGUGGCGAAGCACGCGCAGCUGAAGCAAGAGCUCUGCAGCUGCAGACAUUGGUCGAUGCUCAAGCUGAAAAAUUGCGCGAACUCGAACUGAAGAAAUGCAGUUGCACGAAGGAGUCGCAGCCGGAAGCAGACGGCGCAGAGGAGAGCCGAGCGGAGCUGCGCGCGCGCCUGUCGGAGGCGGAGCGGCUCGUGCGGCGCCUGCGCGGGGACGCGGAACGCCAGCGGAGAGAGGUACUCGCGGCGGCCGCGGGGGGCGCGGUCACUAACCUCUUGUUUGACGGCGCGGCCGCGCGACACGCACACUUGCAGUGUAUGAAGAACUCCCUCCACGCAAGCCUUCGCGCCUCCGGCCUGGAAGGCGGGUACGGUUACCAGAACAACUACCAUUUCCCGCCAGUACACACGCCGGACUUCUGGAGAGAACCACUUAGAGAAGACUUUAGCAUAGUGGGGCGGGGCCGCAGCCGGCGACCCCUCACUCUGCCGGAACUGUCUGGACAACAAAUACACCGCUCCACCGUGUAUGCCAAUAAUCAUACGCGACCCAGAGCGAACGGAUACGAACACAAGAAGAAGCAGACCAAUGGAGAAACACUCAAGUCACCGGAGGAACCCACUUUAACCCGAAUAAGAGCAACAUGCAUGAACGAACCGAAAUUGCCGGAUAGACGUUAUAUCGACCGUAUGCCUAUAUGUCCAGAGUUGAAAGUUGUGGUAACUAAAAUGAUACCACUGCAAAAGGCGACGACGUCGGAGGCGCGGCGCCCGCGCAAGCACCACCAGCACCGCAAGCACGCGCCCGACCACACAUAGAGUGGCUGGCAGCCCGCUGUAUAGAGGAAUUGUAAGGAGCCACACAGAGGAGAUAGGGACAAAGCUUCAUUCACGUUUUUAUCAACUUACUUUUGCUUGGACCAUGGUCCUAGAGAAUUAGAAAAGAAACCUUUGCUAAUGUAACUAUUUGAUUAUUAGAUGUUGAUUUAUUUGGACUGAGCAUUCAUAGAUCAUUACAAGAUAACUUUGCCUAUUAUAUUCCAAUUGUUUCUAGUUAUUAAUUAGAAACUAGUGCUGGGUUAUUUUGAAUUGGUUAGACAUAGAAACGCCAGUGACAAGAAAGAAGUUAUUUAAUUUUCGGCUUUCAAUGAGUGAAUUUAAAGUAAAUUGGCAAGUAUGGAAUGUAAAAGAAUGACAUUUUAAUGGGAUUAACACUGCCAUCGCUUGCCAAAGUAUAGAUAAUGAAUAAUUUAAUAUUUUUGACAUUUCAAUCGCGUUAGUUAGGCGAUGCCGAGUGUUGUAUGAAGCUUAGUGUCUGUAAAUAUUUCUCCUCUGUGAUUGUACUGAAAAUAUAGCUAUGAAAUUUCGUCGAAAUGUACAUCAAGUCAAGUUACCGAAAUAUUAAGGACAUGAAACUAAAAUAUCCAUAAAUUCAAAAAUAGGUCUUUAGUCCUAUACAAGAUGCAAUAACUCUGGUUUUGCUUGAAUAGAGUGUUAUAAGUCUGAAUUAUGCGUCUCGCGUUUUAUACCUAUUGUUAUGUCAUUGUUAUCGUAAAAUUUAAUUGUUUUAAUUAGCAACCAUGACCAUUUAAAAACUUUACAUGUUUUUAGGAAUUUAUUUCAACACAUCCAUUUAUUACAGAACAUUAUGUUCAGUUAAGAUUUCUUAACAAUCACAUUGUGGCUUCAAAUAACAUUCUUUUAUUUAUUAAUUGCUUUAACAGCUUGCUUUAAAUCACUAACAUUGUGUAGCAUUUGAAAGCAAAGCUUGUUAAUGUACACAAAACUACCGAUAAGUUCCACUAUACAAAAGUGAACGAUUUACUUCUUAGAUUUUUUAUUUGAUUUUAGGAAUCUAAUCCAAUUGAGACGUUACAAAUCGGUCAUUUAAAAUAAAAUGCUCAACUCUUUAAUUAUUCGAAAUUUUAUUUAGUAGUUAUAGCAGUUCAACUUAAAGUGUUCUUUAUUUUAGUAACCAAUGUACAAAAACCAGACUUAGUUUUUCGCUCGAAUGUACGGCCACGUAUUAACUUAUUUAAAGCAUAUAUUUCAAUCUAGGUCUUCUUAAGCAUCUAUGUAGGUGUAUUUUACAGUGACUAGACAGAUUAAAGCCGUCUUAUUGUCACUGCAUUAUGUAUCUAAAGAUAAAGUAAGACCUUUUAUUUUUGUGUGUACUAAUACAUUCAAUAUUAGGUAGAGCAAUGUUUUGUUCACUUAUAAAUAUUUUAUCUGUGUUUAUUUUCCUUACUUAGGUAAGGUCUAUUUAUACUAGAUUCCAAAUAAAUUUAUUUACUUUUCAAUUGAAGUUACAAAAUACAAACAAACAAACGUUGUGUGAUGUAUUCCGAAGGACAUAAUAUAAUUAUAAUAAUAUAAUGACAUUUACUCCUAAUAAAGGUUUAGGCUAUGUGUGUUCUGAAAACAAUGCAACAUAUUUUCAGAUGCAAGAGGAGCAGUAUAUAUGUACGAAUUCAAAAGAACGCCUACAGUCAUGAGAAAGUCCACUAUAUAGACAUUUUAACGAAAAAGAAGACAAAUAGCGGUCUAGCAUGAAUAGACCUUAUUACCUUGUGAGAGUGACGUAAACUUUUAAAUGAUAUAACUGUAGCCUUAUCCCAAUUAAUCUAAAUAUUAUGAUUAUUAUGAAAUAUUAUUAUAAUAAUUGAUAUAUUAAUAUAUAUUUAU